AGGCAAUAUGGCGGCCUGGCGGCGGUUACUAAGCGACGGGGCGUUCCGGGGCGCUCUCCGGAGGCUUCGGUUUUCCUGCCUGGAUGAUGGAAGGAGGUCCUUUGCCCGCUGCUGUCGGAAAGAGGCCUUACAGCAGCCCCCGAAGAUUUGCUGGAGACUUUGUCCAGCGAGAAACUUUGCCUCAGCUGCUACUGCCCACUCCACAGAAGAAAACAUACUAAAAUGGGGACUUCUGCUCAUCCCAAUAGGUUCAUUUUUCCUUGGAUCUUGGCAGAUUCAGCGGCGGGAAUGGAAGCUGAGGCUGAUUGCUGAGCUGGAAAGCAGGGUUUUUGCCGAACCGAUUCCACUGCCAACAGACCUCUAUGAAGUGAGCGAAAUGGAAUACGUGCCGGUCAAGGUCAGAGGUCAUUUUGACCACACCAAAGAGCUGUAUGUACUCCCACGCUCCCCAGUAGAUGCUGAGAAAGAAGCCAGGAAUGCUGGCCGUAUCAUGUCCAACGUAGAGAGCGGAGCCCACGUGAUCACUCCCUUUUAUUGCACUGACCUUGGGAUAACAAUCCUAGUCAACAGAGGAUUUGUUCCCAGAAAGAAGAUGAAUCCAGAGACCAGAUUAAAGGGACAGAUCCAAGCGGAUAUCGAACUCACCGGGCUGGUGCGGCUGUCAGAACCUCGGAGGCCUUUUGUGGCGGAAAACAACAUUGAACAAAACACUUGGUUUUACCGUGAUUUGGACACCAUGGCCAAAGUCACCGGAGCGGAACCUAUUUUUAUCGAUGCAGACUAUAGAAGCUCCGUUCCUGGGGGGCCAAUUGGUGGCCAGACCCGAGUAACUUUACGAAACGAGCACAUGCAGUACAUACUUACUUGGUACGCCCUGUGUGCGGCCACUUCCUUCUUGUGGUACAAGAGAUUCAUUCAGAAGGUGCCUUUCUGAGCCCUACAAUUGAAGAACGUGGUCCAGGUGCGGUUUUAAAAGUGGCCAUCUAGCCCAGGGUCAUAGAAUGGAGCAUUUCAAAGAUGAUGUGGGACUUCUGGAUGGACAUCAGCAAUCUGAGCAGAACCCUCACCCAUGCCAGAAGAUCCUGGGAACCAGGGCUUCUCUUAAAAUAAGCUUAUUCUCGCGUAUUUGGGGAAAUAUUACUGGUAUCAAGACACUCAAGUAACAGGGAGCCUUGAAGAAAAAGUCUUUUCAACUGUAGGCUAGUCAAUGAACAAGAAAUUAAAACUAAGGGGCUUCGGCAUUGGAGGAAUCCUGUAUUUCUGGUAACACAAAUCAUGUUUCUAUAAAUGUUGACUGUAAAUAAAAUUGUACCUUUUUAUCGUG